AUAUACGCUUGUAUAUGCACAUUUCUAAGUAUCGUUUUACUUACAUUGAGUUUAACAAGUAGAACUCGAUUGGAAUUGAGGGGGCGCGGUGUGGACGCCUACGGACAAAGCAUGGCCCAUACCGCAUAGAUGUUAUUAAAGCACGUAUAAGAAAUAGAUUGGCAUAAAUGAGGCUUAAGGUCAAGCAGGGCUCAGCGCAAGUCCACAGCGAGCUUACUGGAGCUGUGGGCUGGAAUGUCUGGAACGAGCUAUACAGCUGUAGCGAUGAUCAGACAAUUCACAAAUGGAACAUGCUUGGAGAGCCAGAGCAGAAGGUCUGCCAACUAGAUGCCUACUACACGGACCUUCAUUGGUAUCCACUUAGCUCGAAGAAGACGCAGGCUGGAGGGACAGACGUCUUCGCUGUGGCCUGCACAGAUGGAUCUGUAAAAAUCUUGAGCCGGACGGGGCGUGUGGAAAAGUCCAUCGAAGCUCAUAGGGGUGCGUGCAUCUCGUUGCGCUGGAGCUUCGACGGAACGGCGCUGGCGACAGCGGGCGAGGAUGGGUCGGUAAAGAUAUGGUCACGCAACGGGAUGCUGCGGUCUACUCUGGCCCAGGCGGACAGCCCCGUAUACUCGAUUGUCUGGGCGUAUGACUGCGACCAGCUCUGCUACUGCACGGGCUCCAACGUGGUGAUCAAGUCGCUGUCGUCCAAUGCAAAGCAAAAUGCUUGGCGGGCACACGACGGGGUCGCUCUCAAAGUGGACUGGAGCCCCAUCAACCACCUGAUUGUGACAGGAGGCGAGGACUGCAAGUACAAGGUGUGGGACAACUUCGGGAGACUCCUAUACCAGAGCGGCAUCUUUGACUACCCUGUCACGUCGGUGGCGUGGAGCCCUAGCGGCGAGCAGUUUGCAGUGGGCUCCUUCAACUCGCUGCAGCUAUGCGACCGCAUGGGGUGGGCCUACUCCAAGGUGCACCUGAAGGAGACGGGCUCCAUUAUGUCACUCAGCUGGACGGCUGACGGCACGCAGAUGGCGGCGGCGGGGGGCACUGGGGCCGUGGUGCUGGGGCAGGUGGUGGACCUCACGCUGGAGGACGGGAAGAUGCAGGUGACGGUGGUGGACGAGCACCGCAUCGUGGUGAACGACAUCCUCAACGAAAACGCGGACGAGCUGCCGGAGUUCAGGGACCGCGUCAUCAAGGUGUCCCUGGGCUACGGCUACCUCAUCGUUGCCACCGCCACGCAAUGCCACGUGUAUAACACCAACAACCUCAACACGCCGCACAUCUUCGACCUGAAAGACACCGUCACGCUGCUGCUGCAGGCUGAGCGGCACUUCCUGCUGCUGGACAACUCCACGGGCAUCCAGAUCUACACCUACGAGGGCCGCCAGAUCUGCAACCCGCGCUUCCAGGGCCUGCGCACGGAGCUGCUCAACGCGCAGAUGAUCAGCCUCUCCAACGACAGCAUCGCAGUGCUGGACCAGCAGGCCUCGGGAACCACCAUCCGCUUCUUCGACUCGGCGCAGGGCCGGCCGCUGGGCGAGCCCUGGUCCCACACGCUGGAGGUGAAGGAGAUCGCGCUCAGCCAGGCGGGCACCAUCAACGACCGCCAGCUCAUCAUCAUCGACCGCAACCGCGACCUCUACCUGCUGCCCGUCAUGAAGCGCAACAUCGCCAAGCUGGCAGCCAUGUGCGACUCGGCGCGCUGGCACGACUCCACAGCCAUGCUGGCGGCCAUGGUGGACCAGCGGCUGUGCGUGUGGUACUACCCCUCGGAGGUGUACGUGGACAAGGACCUGCUCACCAAGACCCGCUACACCAAGUCUGACUCGGACUUUGGCAAGUCGGCGCAGAUCCAGCUCUUCGCCGGCAACCGCUGCCUGGUGCGCCGCUCCGACGGCGUCCUCGUCUCCGCCGCGACCUCGCCGUACCCAGCUGUAUUGUACGAAAUGGUACGGCGGCAGCAGUGGGACAAAGCGACGCGGCUGUGCCGGUUCAUCAAGGAUCCCACCAUGUGGGCCACGCUGGCGGCCAUGGCCAUGGCGGCGAAGGAGCUCAACACCGCAGAGGUGGCGUUCGCUGCCAUUGAUGAGGUGGACAAGACGCACUUUGUGCGCAAGGUGAAGCUCAUUCCGACGGAGGAGGGCCGCAACGCCCAGCUGGCCGUCUACCGCCGCAAGCCGGAGGAGGCCGAGGCCAUCCUGCUGCAGGCUGGGCUCAUCUACCGGGCCAUUAAGCUCAACAUCAAGCUCUUCCGCUUCGAGCGCGCGCUGGACUUGGCGGUGCAGCACAAGCAGCACAUCGACACCGUGCUCUACUACCGCGGCCAGUUCCUGCGCGCCGCCAAGCAGCAGGAGAGCGUCCCGCGCUUCCUGCAGAUGAACGACUCGGUUGUGGUUGACAUUGCCGCGAUUAAGAAGAAGAUCGAGGAGGAGAAGAUCAAGGAGACGCAGCGGCCGGGAGCUAAGCGAUACAUCUAAGCGGCACAUGCGGAGAGGCGUGCAGAAAGGCGUCACGUUGCGGAGUGUACGGGAUUGCAGGCAGUGCAGAUGAACGCUUUGUUUGGUUAGGUGGCAGUGCAAUGGGCGAGCCUCGUGGGGCGUGCGAUAAGGUCAAGAAGCACCGUAAUUGGUGUUCAUGCAGUAGCUUGGCGGGUGCAUACGGGUGCAUAAGCAUGACAGCGGAUGGAGUGACAGGGACUAUUAGCCGUAACGCCCACAUCUUUGACCCUCGGUGAAACUUUGACAGGUUUUGCAUUAGGUGGUAUUGUCUUUAGGCAUUCUUGGCCCCCUUUCAUCCCUGACGGGUCGAAGGAGUAUGCUGUCGUGUGUCAGACUAAAGGUAUAUAUCUCUCACAAACGCCAGCUUUCUUGCUGCGACCCUUUGACAGGCGCGCGACACGUGGGAGUGAGUGGAUACUGUACAUAUGACUCGCCUAUUUUUCCCUAGUGUAUAGGGGUUUGGUUACACUCCCUGUAAGCUGUGCGUGGAGUGACCGGUGCCAUCGUGCGGACGGCCGUUGUGUGCCACAGUUUCCACCUAGGACACCCUGAUACGUAUGUGGUUGUAAAACAAAAGGACAAAUUUCAAGCACGCCUGCUGGACUCUGAUGCGCUCAGUGACUACAGGGGAGCUCAAUUCCGUACGAUUCUAACGCGGGAGAAUAAAUCCCAGAACCGAGCAGAUUUUGUUCCCUUUUUAACCCUAUCUGACUUGGGUCGUGUUGAUUUAGGAACCAGACAAAAUGUCUCUCUCAGUGGACACCGUGAAUGGCCGCGAGUACAAGGUCAAGGACAUCGCCGAGGCGGACUUCGGCCGCAUCGAAAUCGACCUUGCCGAGGCUGAGAUGCCCGGCCUGAUGGCGUGCCGCAGCGAGUUCGGCCCUGCUCAGCCCUUCAAGGGCGCCAAGAUUACCGGCUCCCUGCACAUGACCAUCCAGACGGCUGUGCUGAUUGAGACCCUCACGGCCUUGGGCGCUGAGGUCCGGUGGUGCUCUUGCAACAUCUUCUCCACCCAGGACCACGCUGCUGCUGCCAUCGCCCGUGACUCGGCUGCCGUCUUUGCCUGGAAGGGCGAGACCCUGGAGGAGUACUGGUGGUGCACCGAGCAGGCCCUGACCUGGGCUGGCUGCGACGGCCCCGACCUGCUGGUCGAUGACGGUGGCGAUGCUACCCUGCUCAUCCACGAGGGCACCAAGGCCGAGGCCGCCUUCGCCAAGGACGGCACCCUGCCCAACCCGGACAGCACCGACAACGCCGAGUUCAAGAUUGUGCUGGGCCUGAUCCGCGACACCAUUCAGAAGGACCCCACCAAGUGGACCCGCAUGUCCAAGAAGGUGGUUGGUGUGUCCGAGGAGACCACCACGGGCGUCAAGCGCCUGUACGAGAUGCAGACCAGCGGCGCGCUGCUGUUCCCCGCCAUCAACGUCAACGACUCGGUCACCAAGUCCAAGUUCGACAACGUGUACGGCUGCCGCCACUCGCUGCCCGAUGGCAUCAUGCGCGCCACCGAUGUCAUGAUUGCCGGCAAGGUCGCCUUCAUCGCCGGCUACGGUGACGUCGGCAAGGGCUGCGCUAGCGCCAUGAAGGCGGCGGGUGCCCGUGUGGUGGUGUCGGAGAUUGACCCCAUCUGCGCCCUGCAGGCCUGCAUGGAGGGCUACCAGGUGCUGCCCCUGGAGGACGUGGUCGACACCGCCGACAUCUUCAUCACCACCACCGGCAACAAGGACAUCAUCAUGGCUGAGCACAUGGCCAAGAUGAAGAACAACGCCAUUGUGGGCAACAUUGGCCACUUCGACAACGAGGUGGACAUGGCCGGCCUGUACGGCUUCUCCGGCAUCAAGCGCCAAAACAUCAAGCCCCAGGUGGACCGCUUCAUCUUCCCCGACGGCCACGGCGUCAUUGUGCUGGCUGAGGGCCGCCUGCUGAACCUGGGCUGCGCCACCGGCCACCCCUCGUUCGUCAUGUCGUGCUCGUUCACCAACCAGGUGAUUGCCCAGCUGGAGCUCUGGAACGAGCGCAGCACCGGCCGCUACGAGAAGAAGGUCUACGUGCUGCCCAAGCACCUGGACGAGAAGGUGGCGGCGCUGCACCUGCCCAAGCUGGGCGCCAAGCUCACCCGCCUGUCGCCCGAGCAGGCCUCCUACAUCAACGUGCCCGUGGACGGCCCCUACAAGCCCCUGCACUACCGCUACUAAGCGGCUGCGAUGCGUUGGAGUGCGGCCUGCACUGGAGGGAGGUGUCGGUCGUGGGCUUAGCGGCCUGGGUGGCUUGUUGAGCAUUGGAGCCGGCAGGGGUUACAGGCGGGCUUUCCGUGCUGUUGGCUGUUGGCGAGACAGCGCGUGAUGAGGGAGCGAUAGCUCAUGGAUGCUAUGCUGGUAGGAACCGGAUUGGUCUCAAGUGAGACGCGGGUGACCGUAAUGGCCGCAGGGCAUGCAGCAUGUGGAUUGCGGCUGCCUUUAGGCGCUGGGAGCUCAUCUCAAAAUUUUGGUUUGUCGCGAUUUAGGACAGCAGGGGGUUUUGUUUGAAAGCUGGGCAGGGGUGCACGCGAGUGUCUAGGGCUGGUAGCGUAUGUCGUGUCGUCGAAAGCCGCAGGCAGUAUGCGUGUAAAAACAGCCCCUCCACUGAGUUUUUUGGCGGUUAAGAACUGAAUGAUUUAUUGUUAAACCUCGACACCUUCGACAUCUCAGCACAGAAAGCUUGCAGGGUUUGCGUUGGCAGCACUAUCAAGUGUACUUUCGGACUCUUGCUCUUGCUAUGCGCUUUGCAACUGUUGUAACUCGUUUUGUGUCCAUUGGUUAAGUGCGACGCGAGCUGCAUGGGGCCCAGCAGCCCACGUGGUCUAUCAAGACAUAGUGGAGGUCCAACAUGGCGUGACUCGAGCUUCCUCCAACCGCCUCCUUUCCUCGUCCCUGGUGUUGUAAUGGAUAUGGAGUGCU